AUGGAUUUCACAGACACGAAACCCAUACAGACUGUGGGCACCGACCUGAGCCUGCCAUCGCCUGCCGCCACCUCGGCGCCCGCGCCUUCGUCUGGGCCUGCGCCCGUCAUCAAGCGACGCUCCCCAAUUGCUUGCCGGAGAUGUCGCCGCAUGAGAAGUAAAUGCCUGCACGAGAAAGCGAAGCCACCAUGCAUAGCCUGUAAGGAGGCUGGCCUCAGUGCCGCAGACUGCAUAUUCCCCGUGCGUGGCCAACCCGACAAUGACCGCGAAUACCGUCACCCGCGCAUGCGGGCCGACAAGGCCCAAAAGAGGGACUCGGCCAAGAUGCGUCGUGAUAUCCUCGACGCGCCCGUCAUCCCCUCGCCCGCGUCGCUGAAGAGCAUCAAGGGCGUCGACGAGUGGGACUACCUGCCCACGCUGCCCGACACCAUCGAGGCCGUCAACCAGUUCACUCGGAAUUACUUCCAGCUGGGUUUCAUCCCCAAGCAAGCCUUUCCCGAGCGCUUGCGGACCGACUCUCGAUCCAUCAGCGUUUUCCUCUUGCUUAGUAUCCUGAGCAUAUCAGCGCGCUUCACCCCAUCUCUUGUGGAACGGUACGGGGGCGGUAUGAAGGCUGCCGAGACCUUUAUGGACAGGGCAACAGCGGUGGCGUUGUCCGAGCUCUACCAAGUGCCCAGCCUGGAGAGGUGUCAGGCUUUCUACCUGCUCAGCAUCGCCCAACAAGGCAGUGGGAUGAAAAACAAGAGCUACAUCAACAUGGGCAUUGCCAUGCGGAUGGCCGCCUUGAUGCGGCUGCACCGAGAAGAGACGUAUGCGCUUCAGAACCCAUCGAAGGAAAUGGUCAUCGCUGCUGAGUCGGCACGUCGGACGCUAUGGAUGCUACACAGCCAAGACAAUCUCCAUUCUGGCCCCGAGUCUCCUGUCUCUCUCGCCGCCAAUGACAUCACAGCUCUUCUUCCAUGUAGCGAGGAGGACUUUGCCAGGGGCCAGGAACCACCAUCUCGGGCAGCCCUCGAGGACACGCCUCCUGCACUUGGGAAUCCCAAGUUAAUAUCCGACCCAAGGCGAUCCCUCUUCGCAACGUUGAUCCAGACGCACUACUUCUGGGGCCGGGUCUCCCGCAGGGCGGUCAAGUAUGAUAGGAGCUCCCGACCCUGGGAAGACACGAGCGAGUAUGCAGAGCUAGUCGCCAAGCUUCACGAGUGGGAAAGCAAUCUACCACACGAGCAUAUGUGGAGCCCUGUCCUGCUUAAGGGCUACAAGGCUGGGGGACAAGACCUGGCAUACCUGAGCAUCACCAACUCAACCCGAUUGUGCAACAUUGUUUUGCGAAAGGCUUAUUUGAGCGAGAUGAUAAAUCUUGAUCAGUUGGAACCUCAGAUGCAGACUUUUUGGUCCAACAUGUCACUAGAACUCUUCAAGAAUGUGAAGCUCUUGUAUGAGCAGAUAGAGACGCAAUUCAUGGAGAGGGCGGCUGACGACAGCCUCGGCGCUCAGAUGGCGUUGUUCUGCGUUUUCAGCUGUGGCCACAUGGCUACAUAUCUGUGCAAAUACCCCAAUGUCUGUCCGGAUCCCAUGAUCAGUCGCGAUGGACCUAUCAUGCUCCAACGGGCUAUGCAGAUUCUCACGGAAGCAUCCCAGGUGUGGCCAUUAGCUGCUCGAUGGCUCGAAAACCUGGAGAAGUUCUAUCGUGAUAAUAAGGGUGCCAUACCUGGCAUAGAGGGAAGCAUGGACGACAGCCGUGAUCCUGUACCUGAGGCUCUACAAGCAGCACCGGCGCGGCCUCCUUCCAGAAACGGCACCGGGACGAACCAAACAGCCACCCAGGAUGGUGGCAGCCAGCAAGGCCGAAACGGCGAAACACCCAACAACGCUGUCAUGCAAGCGCCACCCCAGGUGCCCACGCCGAUGAUGUACAUCGACCCGAGCAUGCGGAUGUCCCAGCAGACGCAGGCAGCGCAAGCCAUGGCCGGGAUGCCGCAGCAGCAGCUUGGAGAUCGGCCCGCGACCGACGGCCUGGGACUUCUUCUCGAGGCAUUUGAUUCCCACCAAGGAGCAAACAUGGCAGCAGCAGGCGCAGGCCAGGCAUACGAUCCCAGCCUCGCUGCAAACCAAGCUGGCUACUACGGGCAGCCAGGCACGGCCAUGCCUGGCAACGACGGAUAUGAGAAUGAAUUGCAGUUCUACAUCGAUGGAGCACCGACCGUGCACGGUUGGGUUGGCACAGGUGCAGGAAUGUACGGGUACUGA